CAGGAUCCAGCCUUUCACAGCCCUGAAUUCCCCCUUCCUUGGCAGUUUGAAGCCAGCACGUGGGUUUGCAGCUUGGUAGCCUCUGUACUGGGAAAAAGCUUCAGGCAUUUUAGCAGACUUGCAUGUGCUGCUGACUCACUGGGGCUCCUGAAAUAUGCCAGGGCUCUGCAGUCACCCAGGGAAGGAGUAGAAAGGAGUGGCAGGAGGGAUGUGAUUUCGAAUGGAUCGGGAGAGGAAAAGGUUUUGUUGAGUUACCAUGCCUGGACUGAGGGUUGCUUUCUUGACUGUCAGAAUCACCAUGCCUGGAUUGAUGGUCGCUUUCUUGCUCCCUGAGGUCAACAGUCAACAUCAGCAGGCCAAGUUCUUCAAAUCUACUUUUCAUUCCCCUGGCACCUCAGGUUUCCCAGUCUCUUCUGUGGAGUCAGCAAGGUACAUUAAGCUAAUUCCCUUCCCUUGCGUAUGAAGAUUGGAGCACUCACCUGUGCCCUAGCAAAUGCCUCAGUGCUUUUGAAGGGAGUGGUGAGUGAGUUGUACCCAGCAGUUCUAUACCUCUUUUUCUUCCUAAGACUAUGAAAGUUUCAUACAUCCUGCAAGAUGUGUGAGCUACAUACAAGAUGCAUCCUCCAAGACCUCUUUCUUAUGCAUAGACCUUCCCUGCUGCACCAGCAUAACCCGCGUGUGUUACUGAUGGGGAGCUACUGUAGGGGAGAGGUGAGGGUGGAUAUGUUCAAUGAAAGCUAAGAGAUAACAUGCAGAUGAACCACGACCUAUGCUUUAAGCAGGUCCGAAUUAUCUAGAAAAUAUUCUGGAGAGAUGUGUUCAGUCUCUUGAUUGCACCUACUCAAUAUGAUCUCUCUAGGAAUGAUAUGUCAACUGCAUAAGCUUUCAAGUAUUAACAUUUAUGCAGAUCUUCUCAAUAAUGCUCUAAUCCUGCUGCAAAGCUCAACAUACAUUAAAUAUAUAAAAUGUACCUCGAGGCACAACAAGAUGGUUCAUUUAAGAUGGCCAAACCGCAGCAUUUAGAUUCUAAGGUGCCAUGUGAUACUUGUAUUAGCCUUUUUAUGCUUGCCCCUCUUUGAUUAAUUUCUUAACACAGUGCUAAAUUUGGAAAUGUUGUGGUUUGGGGUUUCUUUUCAAGAAGGGCAGGCAAAGCCACCAUCUCUCAUGCUCUAAAAAUAGCCAUAUGUGUGAUUCUGUAUGUAGGGAAUUGUGCUAAGGCUUACACUUGCCAGCUCUCAAUUUAAAACUUUGAUUCUUUUGAGCCCUCUACCUCUGUGCAGAAUUAGAAGUGUUUUUUUACUGAAAAAUCAGCUGGACAGUCUUUAUCUUGUUUGGAAAUCACUUGAGUAUAUUGUCUUUCCCAUAGGGACAAUAAUUUUGAACAUAUAACAUUUGUUAUAAUUUCCCCUGCAAAUGCAGCUUGAUUUGCUGUAGUGACAUAUACUUAUGGAUAGGUCAUGUGUUUUGCUGCAGAUUAGGUGGGUUUGUGGCAUUUACAGUGCAGCAAACAUGUUAGAACCAUCUCUGCAAGGGCUUGUGGAGCAAUGGAGCGGGUGUAACUGAGAUUUUUGCCUUCCUUGCAGCUGCUUUAUGGUUCCAAUUUUUGGUAUAAACACGUCUUAGUCCCACUUGCUUAGAUAAACGUGGUUGAUCUUUUUUUCCCAGUGUUUGCAGGAACUUCUAUUCUGAAGUAGCAGAAAUAAAGAAGAAAUUUCUGAAGAAAUACAGCAGAGUGUUCUCCUGUACAAGAAGAGUAAACUGAGCUAACGUAUUCAGUUCUGCUGCAGAUGGUGAUAUUGUGACAAAUUCUGCUCAUCUGACAUCAUGCACUUUUAUGUACUUGAGACAGAAAUCGAGAGGACAUAGUAAGUUAUAGCAGAUUUCCACACUGCAGGUUAUCUUCUCUUUCUGGCAAAGCUCUUCCUCCCCUUUGUGGAGAGGUCAAAGAAAUGCAGCUCCUCCUCUCUCUUAUGCCUGGUGCUGCUCUUUAGGAAUGGCUGGACAAAGAAGACUCACAUCCACAAUCCAUACUCCCUUGCACCCUCCACAGCUACUGUGUUUUUAAGGACCAUUUUGCCUCACAUGAAUGAUUCAGCUACAUCAGCAUGUUUCUGUAUGGGGGGGGUAUGAAGUGCUGAUUUCCCUGCAGUAGUGUGUGGUAAAUGAAACCAAACCUCAGCGUUAAAAGCAAGUUUGCACCAGACUUGUAAAGUGGAACAGCAAAUGGACCAGCUGAGCUUUAAAGAUGCAAUAGAAACAAUAUAGAGAAGUGUUAUAAAGUGGUUGCCUUCAGCUAACAUUAGAUGGAAGUUAUUUUGUGUUUUGACACUGAGUAGCAUUAGUAAUGGUAAAUUCUGGAGUAUUUGACUAGGUGCCACUGUGUUUAGAUUUACAUUUCAUACCUCCAAAGGCUUUUCACACAGAUAAGUUAGAAAAAUGAGCUUUUGUGAAAUUGUGGAGUCACCAUCCCUUUCUGUUUUCAUUAAACCACUUUUUAGUAUAGGGAUAUAUAGAUAUUCUAUUGAGGAUUACCUAUCCCUGGUCAUUUCAUAUCACCAAUUUAUUGUGCAGGGCCCUGUCAUCUUGAUUCAGCACAAACACUGAGUCAGCAGGAGCAGGUAAGCAGGGAAACCUGCACAAAGGACGCCUGCACGGGGCGAAAUGCUGGCAGGUUCUUUUGUCUUUGCUCCCCAUAAAGCCUUCCAGCUCGAGAGGGGUCUUCCUUUCCUCAGACCUGAGGUGGGGGAAGCAAAGUAGGGACAGAAGGAAGAGCUAACUGUGAUCCUGUUCUCGGUCUUUAAUCAUAGCUCCAAGCUCUGAAGCAUUAUGUCCUCAAGGCGGGUAAUAAAGGGAUAAUUUGGCUUCCAAAUUACACUUCGAGACUUACUGUUGCCUAUGACCAGUAUUUUUCGUUUAUCUAAUUGGAAAAAGGAAAAAAACUUAUCUUUUUCUGAAGACAAAAGCACAGAAAUGAAAGGGAAGAGAAGGAAACAAUUCACCUUUGUAGAAGGAUUCUUGGCAGAACAAGGGCAUGCUGUUCUCCUACAAGAAUUGGACAACCCUGACCUGCAGAUUACAGAGUUAUUUUGAAGACCGUGUACUGUCCUUGGAACAAAAUAGACCAUGUACCAUGCUCAAAUAGAUACAACAAAGAAAAAUGAGCAUUGUGCCAGGAUGAGGCCAGAUGCCAGGCAUGUUAUGGAACUGCUAAUUUAGCACGCCUUAGCUAAAAUGCUUAUAGCAUGACAACCAAUCAGUAAUUAAUUCAUGUAUGUAUGAAUGCAGCCACUUAACCAAUUAAGCAUUAGUGGCAUGAGGCAGUGUAUAGAGAAAGAUAAAUAUGCCAAAGCUGCUUAAUAAAGUAGAAGGACAUGUAUUCCCAUUGGUGUGAUUGUCAUUACUCGGCUGACUCCGUGGGACCCUCUUCACGCCUUCUUAAGGCAAAAAGAAUUAGUGACCAAAAAAGACAUUAUACAGGAGGAUUCUACAAGCUCCUCAGUCCAUCAAAUGUCCUUUUAAAACUUCUGGGAAAAGAAGAGAACCUUCACAGAAAUAUGACUCAGAAAUCCCAUCUCUGCUCUGGGAAUCCAGGGCAUCUUGAAUUCAUUCCAAGUCCUAGACCUGGUGGGCAAAUUUUCUGUUGUAAAUGUUAGACAAGGUUUUUGAUCACUUUUUAGUGGUAAAUUUUUACUUUUAGUUCCAAGCACCAUGAAGUUUUAUUAGACCUGUUUGAGUUUCUGUCUCUAAUAAUUUUAAAAUCUAUUUGUUGAAUUCAAGUAUGCUUCACAGCUAGAGAAUACAUGGAGUCUUUCAUUUGAAAACUGAUGGAUUAUUUUCUUCAUCAGCAACUAGUGCCUCUAAUAGCAGCAAGAUCCUUACAACAGUAUGACUUACAUGAGCAAAGGAACAAUGUACUGGGACUGCAGGUUUUAGAAACCCCAAACUAUAGUGAUAGAUUAAAUUAUCACAAAAAGGUAUGCUUUGGACAAAAUGCACCAUGACACAACCAGAAUGUUUCAGGUUAAAGCUUUUAACCUGAAAAAGAUGGUACAUACAGGUGCUCUGCCUGCACAGAGACUGGAUGUGUCAUUUGAGCAGCAACUCAUUGAGAAAGACCUGGAAAAGGAAAAUCUCCAUUCAGACAUUGAGGAAAAACACCCAGCAGCUGGGAUAGUGAAGCAUUGAUACCAAUAACCAAGGAAGGAGUGGAGUCUCAUUUGUGAGACUACCACUAAAUAGGCAUCAGUGAGGAAUGUCUAAGAAAGGUCUCUGAAGGCUCUGCUAACCCUCUGGUCCCCUAUCACAGACCUUGUCAGACUUCUGAGUAAGACUUCCUUUGGAGUAAAGGCUGAGACAGAGAGUCAUAUGCAGAACAGGAAUUUCUGUCUGUGAAAAAAGUUCCUGUUUAGGAAUUUUUAGCUUGGCAGAGGUGACAGAUGGAGUCACUCUGGGCUCAAUCAACACUUAUCUGAAUGAGGUUAGCUGCAAAAGUGACCUGGAAUCUUGUGCUUGAAAGAACACAAGAGGCUACUUCAAGACACCAUGAAGCAGCCUCUUAUUGCUUCCCAUAUACCCCCACUUUUUUUCUAUAUGGGGAAGAGGGAUUGUGACUCUGGUAUGUAUAAAAAACUAUGGGUUUGCCUUGUCUUUUCCCAAAUAAAGUCAAACAAGCUCUGCAGCAAGUAAAAGAUGAUUGUAGAAAGCAUUUUGUUGUCAGUGCUCUAUGUAAUGCACAGGUCUAGUCCAUUUGUGCCUAUUUGACAGCUGACAUCUUUGAGAGGCCUCAGCAUCAAAAUCCAAAUCCUGACCAAAUUUCUUAUGUCAGCAGAGGGCGCAUCCUUGUUAACCAAGUGAGGGUCCUCCACCUUCCUGCCAGACUCCACAUACUUGCCCUCAUGGAGCCAGUUUUGGAAGGCAGGGUGAAGUGAAAGAAUUGAUGCAUUGAAAACCUGUCUCUGAAAUCUUUUGGCACACGCCAGGCAGCAGCAGCACCAUGCCCUGUGUGUUUUGGUAGAGCUCAUGUAUUUGCAGAGCAGGCCCCGUUUCUUGUGACUGAGCACUGAAGUGCUUAUUUAAACUUCCCAGGACUCUGUCAUCAAGGCUGGCUGUAUUUGAGAUAAUGAAGUGUUUUGUCAGGCUGUUGUCUGUGCUGUCAGAGACAGACUAUAAAUACACACGUACUUCUGCAUUUCCCUAUCUCUCACUCUGUAAGAGGAAAUGGGCUUGCGAUUAGCAUUGAGAGGAACUUGUGAAAUGACACAGUUGUACUGUAAAAACACCAUCCCACAGACUUUGCUGCCAGAGGAACUCGACAGCCAGCACUGACAGAGCUGAGACCAGGAUUGCCCAAGCCAUGGAGAGAGAGCCAAUGCGCAUAAGGGAGGGCUACUUGGUUAAGAAGGGCAGCAUGUUUAAUACCUGGAAGCCAAUGUGGGUUGUGCUCUUAGAAGAUGGAAUUGAAUUCUACAAGCGGAAGGCUGAUAACAGUCCCAAAGGGAUGAUCCCACUAAAAGGAAGCUCUAUUCACAGCCCAUGCCAAGAUUUUGGCAAAAGAAUGUUUGUCUUCAAGCUUACUGUGGCCAAGCAGCAGGACCACUUUUUUCAAGCUGCCUACCUGGAGGAGAGAGAUGCCUGGGUGCGAGAUAUCAAGAAAGCAAUUCAUCACAUAGAUGGAGGCCAAAGAUUUGCCAGAAAAUCCACAAGGAAGUCCAUCAGAUUGCCUGAAACAAUCAAUCUGAGUGCUUUGUAUCUCUCAAUGAAAGAUCCUGAAAAGGGAAUAAAGGAGUUGAAGCUGGAAAAAGAUAAAAGAGUGUUUAAUCACUGCUUUACAGGCACCUGUGUGAUUGACUGGCUGGUGUCCAGCAGCUCCAUCCGAAAUCGCAAAGAAGGUCUCCUGCUUGCCUCUUCCCUCUUGAGUGAAGGCUACCUACAGCCUGCUGGGGACACAUCCAAGGCAGCUGCAGAGGGACUGUCAGACACCCCCUUCCUGGAUCUCAGUGAUGCCUACUAUUACUUUCCAGACAGUGGAUUUUUCUGUGAGGGAUAUUCCAGUGAUGAUGAUGUGGUCCUAAAAGAAGAAUUCAGAGGCACAAUUGUCAAACAAGGAUGUUUGCUGAAACAGGGACAUCGGAGGAAGAACUGGAAAGUGAGGAAGUUCAUUUUAAGAGAUGAUCCUGCAUAUCUUCACUAUUAUGAUCCUGCUGGAGGAGAAGAACCACUGGGAGCAAUUCACUUGAGGGGCUGCGUGGUGACAGCAGUGGAAGAUAUGCCAGACACCAAGAAGUAUGAUGCUGACAACGUCCUCUUUGAAAUCAUCACAGCAAAUGAAAUCCACUAUUACUUGCAAGCAGCCUCAUCCACAGAGCGUACAGAAUGGAUCAAAGCAAUCCAGUCAGUUUCUAGGACUGGUAAAUGAAGAUGAUCUUCCAACAAGACAGACAAAUUAAAUUAGUUAUUUAAUGCAAAAUUUGGCAUUUCCCUAAGAGAAAGCAGUAUCAUCCCAAAGUGAUUGUAUAUUGCAGUUGAGGACUGGGUGGAAGUUUCAAUUUUAUAGUGGGCACUAACAAACUAACAUUUUUUCCAUUUGUGUUACGGUAAUAUUUUACUAAAUUAUACCAUAGAAUAUGCCAUAUUAGUGUGUUGCUUAGAGUAAUCAGUUGACCUUGACAAGGUUGUACCUGUUACCGCAGCUGAUAUUGGGAAUCUCACCAUUAACAGAGAACACAGUCAUGUCACUGACAGAGAGUACCUCAAUUAAUCACUCUCCUCAGCCUGUGAUGUGUUUCAGGAUUUUCACUGUCUUCUCCACACAAGUUUUACACUUUCUUCUUUACCAGAUCUUGUUGCUGCUUGUUCACUUAUACAAAUAAUGCCAUAGAUAUAAGGAAAAGAAGUCAACUCAUUUGGAAACCUGAUCCGCUCCUUUCCAAUCUGUCAGCAUUAAGGGAGGGAAGAAUGCAGACAGCUAUGGAAACACCAUAGUAUAACUCCAUGGAGUUAUAUAUAUGCUAUGGAACCAAGUAUAACUCCAUGACAGCAAUAUGAGGAAAAGUCUCUUCCCACAGUAUUUCAAACACAAAGGAAUCUCACUCCAAACUCUAUAUCACCCAAUUUUAAACCUUGCCAAAUUUCUUCACAAGAAUCUGCCCCGGGACCAUUUUUUCCUUUUAUUUAGGUCUACAAAGCAGAUGGUGGGUUGUUAGGUACAGCACUCUAUUUGAAUUAAGAAUCUUGCAGGAGAAGGGCAAGGAUGCAUUGGUUGGUUAUUUGAACUAUUGAUUGAAGUGGUUUUGAUUAGGUUUUCCUUUUUUAACCUCCAGUACCAUACUCAGUCCUUGAUUCUGUGCCUUGGAAAUAUAAGAAAAACCCUGUGCUUGUAACUGAAAUAAAUAUUUUUAUUUGAUAAUCAGUUCACCUGAUUAAUCCUUGCAUUUUUGUCUGACUCUAUAUCAAACAAAUUUCUAAGUCUUAAAAUCUAAGGAGGAGUUGAAAAUCAAGUUAAUGUCAGACUGUGCAUGUAGGCUGUUCCUGGUACAGACUGAUGUUUGAGUGCAGGAGACUUCAAAAUCUUUAAAACUCUGUUCAUAGAUCUAAUGAGGUACCUUAUACUUAAGAAUUCUUAUUGGGAUCUCUCCCAUCUAAAAAUAAAUGCAGACCUAAAGCUUCUCUCCAGUUGUGCUUAAUUAUACCUGUAGCUGAGCUAAUGGAGCCCUGUUGCCUUGCAUUUCUUAUCUCAAAGAAAACACAGCCUUGCAGGAGCAGCAGGCUGAGACACUGCAUCAUCAUGUCCACUUCAGUUGGCCAGCAGAAAUCAGUUUCUGGCAGGCAUUUCCUGUCUCCCAUGCAAGCUAUCAGGAUCGUUGAAGUCUGAUGUGUCAUUUUGAGGAAGGAAGACUAAUGGUAAAAAGACCCACUUUUUGCUCAGCCUGCUUUCUUGAUAAUUGCUGCUUGUUGCUGCUUUUUUUGCUUUCAGAGCUCACUAACCCAAAAAUACCCAAGGACACAGGAAAAGAGACAAAAACACCCCGCACAACCACAUAACAGAAACUUGUCCAGCUUACCAAAGGAGAGAUGUGGCUGCCAAAAUUUAAUAAAACUAAAAUGUUUUACCAGUCCAUGACCUUAUAAUUUUAACUUGUGCCCAGUCCAAGUUAUGGCUGUCCACCAUAAAUGGUGUUUUCUCAGGCAGAGGAUGAUAGUCAGUGUAUUUAUGGGAGAGCUCUUAUAUUUGUGCCAUCCUAUAUUGAUGGGGUCUGUGAUCUCAUAGCUAGUGCUUCAGAAGACGCAUUUCAAGGGUUUGUAGGUGCCUCUGCUUCUUGGCAGCAGUGAGAAGAUCUUGUCCAAGGGAAUUCAGAAUUAAAAAGCAGAUACAUGUCAAUCAGAAAUGAUAAGACCAACUCAGUAACUCAGAAGGCAUGGAAGAGGCACAGAUCAUGAACACAGGCACAAAGAAGAGAGAGGCAUCUUUGUGCAAGGAACUACCAACAAAAGGGAGGAAACAGAAGAGCAGACCUACUUGUGUCAUGCUUCCUCUAACUUUCACCCUCUAACUAUUUAAAUCACACUUCUACCACACCCUCAGCAAUUACUACAUUAACGUCGGUUUAUUUUUUACUCAUAAGAAAGACCUAGUCUAAAGGACAGCAAAAUACACAAAUCAUUGUAGAUAAGGAUUGUAUUUAUUAUCUUCAGUCUGAAAGACUUGUGUAAUAUAAUCUUAUAUAAAUAUCCUCUUAAGUUCAUGUUUGUCUUGCUACAACCUGCACUGAGCAAUUUUCUCUCCCCUGGAACACUGCCUACGUGCUUACUACAGUCAGAGUCAGAUUUUUCGUAAUGUUGCCUAACCAUGCACUCAUAAAAACACCCACACAGACACAGCACUCCUACUUCCAUUUUAAAAUGAAGUUUAAAAGAAAAUGGUAUGAAGCAAACCACAAACACAGAUGCUGAAAAAAUAAUAACCCCAGCCCAACAAGCUUUUAGCUUGAGUCAGUGUUAGUACUUCUUAUAAUCCAACAGACAACACAUAUGGAUGUAGUCUGGACUUAAUAUGUCUCUAGCAUUUUUUUUCAAACAGCUGUUUACUUUCCCUGCCCCACAGCUUUCUUCUGAAGGGUAAGGUGAUAUAAUUUGUUGAUAAGUGUAGUUAUUUUGGUGCUUUUUUUGCAAUGUGCUGUCUUUGCUAUUUAUUUGAAAGAACAGUUAACAGAAAGCGUGAACUGUCUACUGAAAAGGUGUUUUAAUAAUAGAACAGUUUACUUAGUAAUAUUUAAUCAAAAUUGUUUCAUAAAGACAAAAAAACUCAUUAAGGCCUCUGAGGUAUCUAACAUUUACUGUCAAACCUCUCUUUUAGAAAAGUUUUUUCUUUUCAUUUCUUCUUGCAAUAUUACCUAUAACUCUUCAGUGUAGUAGUACCUCUUCUGUCUUUGGCUUAUAGUUCACUUUACUACAAACAUUAAACACCUAUUUUUGCCCACUAAUUUGUUCUCAAAUAUUUGAGAAGUUAUUUUAACUUCUUAAUAUUUAACUUCAGGGCUCUUGAUAAGUGCUUUUCACUGUUUGAAGUGUUCUGAGUUCAAGCUUGGGCAACAUUGAAAUCCAGAAAAAAUUUCCCUAAAUAAUCUUUUUGGUGGGGGCCAGAAACAUUUAAGUAGGUGGGACUUUUUGGGAGGAGGGCAGUGGGGUGGGUUUGUCGGUUGUUCUUUUUCAGUUUGUACUUUUUAAAACUGUAGGAGACUGUAGGAGGAAAUUGAAAAAGGAAAUGAGUAGAUGAGAGUCCUCUGCAGGUUGUUGGUAUUUCUGUUGGUAUUUCUUCAGUUUGUGUUUUGAAAAGUGUAAGUAAUUUUUGUUUGUGAGCUGUGAUCUUCUCGUUGAUGUAUAGAGAUUUUUCUAUGCUCAAAGUGAACUCUGAUAAUAAACAAAGUUCUUCUUUUGUUGUUACUCAUCAGAUUUCUUGAAAUAGAACUUCUUUUUUCGCUUCAAAAUAAGCUUGGGAGGAGGGUUUUGAUAAGAACAUAGCACUUCCUGCUUUGCAUUUAGAACAAAAACUGUGGCUUUCCAUACUUUGGGUCUUGUAGAUUGCUUAAUUUUUUUUCCUU